UCCCGGAAAGGAAGCCAUUUUUCUCAGCUUGCAAAACAAGUUUUGUGUUGCAGAAGAUUUGCAGAAACAGGAUUUGAGAUGCCUCGGACGAAGCAGUCUCAGCGUUCCCAGACUUCUUACAUCAGUGGCUCUUUCCAUCAAGGAGAUUACCGUUUUGGCCGGAAUAGGGGAAGCCAAUGUGGUGCAAACAGUUUAACUGCAAUUAUGAUGAGUAAGAUGAAAAAUGUGUUGCAGUGGACGAGAAGUGACCUGAAUGCUGUUCUGAUCCAUGGAGAUGACCUGUACAGUGCCAUGAGAGACGCAGGGAAAAUCAACGAUCCUGAAUCCGGCUUCAUAGCUGUUCAUGAGCUACCAGACACACACACACUUAAAGAUAGUCGGUUUUCAAUAAACUAUGGUGAAACAUUGACUGGCUUGUUUGGUAUCAAUAAAUAUGAUGGGGAACUACAAGGGUAUGCUAUGUCUUUUGAUGAAGCAGUAAAUCGAGCAUUCCAGACGUUUGAUGCUGUUUUAGUGAAUAUUAAGCUAGCCAUAUGUGCAGCUGUCAGAGAAGGUUCCUGGUAUGCAGUGAUUGAUCCACAUUCAAGACGAGGUGAUGGCAGAUGUGUAGCUGACGGUAAGAGUGUAGUGGUUUACCAUCGUAACUUGCACUCGCUGAUUGUUCAUUUCCGGAAACUUGCCGCGUCUAUAAAUGCACGUUAUCAGGAGUUUGAGGUAACUGGGGUCAACGCGGUUAUGACUGGAGAAAACCGGCCAUUCUGGCAAGUGAUCGAGAACGCUGGUCCAGCAGAAAAUGAGAGUGAAGGUGAGAAGUCGGACGUGGAAGUUGAUGUUGGGUGCAGUCAAUUUCUGAAUGAUUUCAUGGACAAAACAUCUGUGAAAGAAACGUGUGCACAACAGAGAACAAAAACGACAUACCCAACUAAUGAAAAUGCAG